AUGUUCGAGCGAUCCCUCUCUUCGCUCAUCAAAGGGCUGCGCGCAAAUGCGGUGCCUCUGUCUGGGGCGACGCGGCAGCAACAGAGGAAUGAAGCGCGAUACGUGUCUCAGCAGCUGGAUGAGAUCAGGGUGGAGAUGCGCAGCGAAGAUCGAGCGGUCAAGGCAGAGGCGGUGCUCAAAUUGUGCUACGUGAGUAGUUGGAGCGCAGUUCUUGAUGGCUUUCGACAUCAAACGCUGAGACAUGCCGUCGUGUGCUGCAGCUGCAAAUGCUCGGACACACGUCUAGUGCACCGAACAGCUUCAACAUGCUCGAGGUCAUGAGCUCGCAGAAGCUUCACGAGAAGCAGAUCGGCUACCUCGGUGCAAGCAUGAGCUUCACGCCCGAGACCGACGUCCGGGUGCUGGUCACAAAUUUGAUGCAAAAGGUGCGGCAGGCUGAAAGGCUGUAGCUUCCCGCCUGCAAUACGGCAUUCUGUUGCUCAUGUCGCCUCUCCUCUGGCGCAGGAUUUGCACUCCAACAACCCAAUAGAGGUCUCUAUAGCUCUCAAUGGAUUGUCGCACCUCGCAUCAGCAGAGCUCGUGCCUCACCUCUUGACCGACGUCCUCUCUAUCCUGCAAGAUUCACCUCUACCAGCAUUGCGAAAGCGCGCUCUGCUGUCUCUGCACGCUCUCAUCGCGCACGACGAGACCUCUUCCACUCUCGUCACCUCGUUGCCCGCUUUGCAAAAGGCACUGCAUGAUGCUGAUUCUGGCGUGGUUGGAGCAGCAGUCAACGUCAUCACUGAGCUUUCUCACGCUCGACCAGAAGCCUUUUUGGAAUACGCGCCAGACCUAUGCUCACUGCUCGAGACGCAUACGAACAAUUGGACGCUGAUCAAGCUGCUCAAGCUUUUGGGCACUCUUGCCGCAGAGAGCAACUCGGACGAGCUUGCUGCAUUGCUCGCAUCUCGGCUAGAGAGCUUCAUCAGGACAACCAAAGCCAUGAGUCUGCUGUACGAAGCGCUUGUAUGCGCUAUAGAAGCUGGUUUGGUGGAUGGCGAGGACCGACCAGCCGCAUCCAGCACAAGCGCGAGCUCUCCGGACGCAUUCAGAACGCUUUGUCUGUCCAGAUUGACAAGCAUGCAAUCGGGGACAGACGCCAACCUGCGCGUCAUGGCGCAUUCGGCACUGAGAAAGUUGGAGAACCGCAGCAUGGCGCCUAGAAGAAAGAAGCUGCCUACCAACGUGGAGGGCAUGCUGAUCGAGUUUGGCGAGACUGACAAAGAGCUGCUUGAAAUCGCUGGAGAGCCUGCGAGAGGGGCAGAUCGCUCGACGUCGGCUGCCAUCGCAGCUGGUAAACAGCCUCCAAACAUCCCAGUGGCAUCUUUGUUGGAUGACGAUGAUCCUGAGCAGGUGGAGAGCUUCGCGGUGAGUGCACCACGAGGUUUGCAUUGUCCGACUGAGACUGACUGGAACUGACGCGACUCUACUUUUUGCGAAUCCCACCUCGUAGCUGCAUUCGCAAGGCAGAUGA